GCCUGGGCUCUAGGAUGCUGCUAGGUAGGAGGAUCCCAGAAUUUGGGCUGCAGCCCAAGUUGGAAUGUUGCAGCCUGACCUGGAACAUCUACACAGCAGUUAAACAGUCGGACAACCCAAGCCCCCCAAGCCUGAGUCAGCUAUCACAGGCGUCUAAUUGCAGUGUAGACAUACCCUAAGUGUGAUCUUGAAAAAUACAUGUAUAACUUGACUCACCCUGGUAGCCCCAUUUAAUUCAAUAGGAACUAUACACAUAAGUCAAGUUUCCCAUGGUUGAGUGUCUGCAGCAGUGGGCUUGAACAUAGGUAUAAUGCAUGUUUAUUUGUCUUUAUUUUUAAAAAGUUUUAACACAAUUCAGGGAUAUUUUUCCAGUUAACAUUUUCAUCUUUUAUAUAAGAAUUUCCUUCAAAAUAUUGACAUCAUAGAAUUGUCAGUUUUCUUAUUGGCUUUACAAAAUUGCUUCUGAUAAAAAUGUUACAGUAAAAUAUUGUUAAAAUAUCUGAAUGACCAGAAAAUAAAGUAUUAUUGUAUAUCUCAACAAACAAUGCCGCUGUAUUUUCUAAAUCAGAGCAUUCGCAUUGAGAAUAUGCAAAACUACUCUUUCCCUCUGAAGACAGUUUGAUGGAAUUCAAGGACCCCAAGAGUCCACCAAACUGGGUACUGAGCUAAAUUUGUCCAAUCCACAUGAAAAGCGCGGUGGUGGCAGUUGUUUGUGUGCAUCUUGUGGGGUGGAAUGGGUAAUUCCUCCAGGGGGGUUUGUGAGAUGUAGUUUUUCAGCUGUAAUUUAAUUGUUUUGGGGAGCCUGUUUUAAAAGAUAACUCUUGUGUGAGAUGUUGGGGAGGGACACCGGGUCCUGAAAUGAAGAAUUUGGUAGAAAUUCCUGGGGAAGCAGUUCCUGGAGGUGAAUGUCAUUUUGGGAAGCAGCUUCUGGGGUGUUUAGAAAGACAGUUCCUGGAGGACACAGAAUUUGUUGUGAGUGAACUGUACCCAUAGUCUUUCAGAUGGUGCAGUACCUACUAACAUGCUUAUAAAAGAAGCAGCAGUUCCUUUGUGUGGGGACGAAGGGGGGGCAGAAGUGAGGCUGUUGUGUGUGUGCAGGGGGGGAGAGGGGUUGUUGUGGGUGUAUGUAUGGAGGGAGAGGGGCUGUUGUGGAGGUACAUGCGUGGAGUAGCGUUCUGGGGACGGGGAUGGGUGUGCGAGGAAGAGGGGCAAUUGUGGAUGUGGCCGCGUGUGUAGGCGGAGAGUGGGGCUGAUGCUGUGUGCACAUGUAGGGGGAGUGUGUUGUGUGCAUGAAUGGGAAGUGGGACUGUUGUGUGUGUUUACAGGGAAUAGAGCUGUCGUGGGGUGUGUUGGGGUUAGGGUAUGUAUGUGGGGGGUGAGGGACAGCCCCCAGCCGGGAGCUUGGGGAGUGACUUCGGGGACGGCGGACUCUUGGCUCCUUUCGAGGCGUCCCGCUGAGCAUCCUCGGCCCCAGCAGCCGUUGCAGGUUGGCGGCCCUGGCAGAGCCCGGCCGCAGGCGGCAGCACCGCAGAGCCCAGGCCCCGGGGCGGCCCCUCUUGCUGGGCCGCGAGCGGCGCCUGGAUAAGGUCAGGGCGGCGGUAGCGGAAGCUUCUGCAGGUUCAAAGUCCCGGAACAACCGGCGCCGCCCCCCGCCGCCGUGCCCAGCGACUGGCCCCCGCCCGGGCACCGUGACACCCGCUGCCUCUGCCACCGCCUGCAGUUGACACGGCGACGGGACCUGCCCGGGGGCGGCGGCCGGGCCCCCGCAAAUCCCCGCGCCGGAGCUUCCUAUAUGGGCCACCUGCUCUCGAGGGAGGGAACCAGCCUGAGCCGGGAGAGGAGUCGCUGUCGCCGCCGCGGGAGAAAGGUGCCGCCGCGGAGCCGGAGCUGCUUCCUGCGCGGGCCCUGCAUGCUCUGCUUCAUCGUGCACGGCGCCAGCCCGCCCGCCUCGGAGCAGCCCCUGCCCGGCCGGGACUCGCCGCCUCUCUGCGCGGGCCUGAGUUCCGCGGAGCAGCGCGCCGCCCGCCGCCUCCUGCACCUCUCGCCCGCCGCCUGGGAGCAGCGGGGCCCGUGCCAGCGCCUGCUCCUCUCAGGCCUGCUGCCGCCGCCCGUGCGGGCCUUCCUGGGCUCUGCGCGGCCGCCCGGAGAGCCGGCCCCCGACAUGGUGUGUAAGCGCAAAGGGGCCGGCCUGCCCGCCUGCCCCCCCUGCAAGCAGCCCCGCUGCGGCGCCGCCGCCCCGCCGGAGCCGGAGGCUGCCGCCUGCCAAUGCCCGAGCGAGCAACAGCUCUGUCCCCUCCCCUGCGCCUCGGGCCGCGCUGCUGGCGGCGGGGGGCCGCUGCCCGGGGCCCUCUCCGGAGAAAGUGGCGGCGUGGGGGAGCUGGCCGCUGAGGUGCCGCCGCCGCAGGAGGAGGAGGAGGAGGAAGGUAACGAGCCUGACCGCCAGGAGCCGCUGGAGAACCCCAGCGAGUGCUGCCGAGAGUCGCUGCAGCCGCUGCCCCCUGACAUCAACCAGCUGCCGCCCUCCAUCCUUCUCAAGAUAUUUUCCAAUUUAUCCUUGAAUGAGCGCUGCCUUUCAGCAUCGUUAGUUUGUAAAUACUGGCAUGACCUCUGUUUAGACUUCCACUUCUGGAAGCAACUGGAUCUCAGUAAUCGUCAGCAGCUGGGCUCAAAGUGCAAAGAACUGAAAGACAUUCAUUUUGGCCAGUGUUACAAGAUCUCAGAUGAAGGAAUGACCAUUAUAGCUAAAGGAUGUCUGAAGUUGCAAAGAAUAUACAUGCAGGAAAACAAAUUAGUGACUGAUCACUCGGUAAAAGCAUUUGCUGAACACUGUCCUGAGCUGCAGUAUGUUGGGUUUAUGGGCUGCUCUGUUACAUCUAAAGGAGUCAUUCACCUCACCAAUCUAAGAAACCUUUCCAGCCUGGAUCUACGUCAUAUCACAGAACUGGAUAAUGAAACUGUGAUGGAAAUAGUGAAGAGAUGCAAAAACCUUAGCUCCCUCAAUCUGUGUCUGAACUGGAUCAUUAAUGACAGAUGUGUGGAGGUCAUUGCUAAAGAAGGACAGAACCUGAAAGAGCUAUAUUUGGUAUCCUGUAAGAUUACCGACUAUGCCCUGAUAGCCAUUGGACGAUACAGCAUGACAAUAGAGACAGUGGAUGUUGGAUGGUGUAAAGAAAUUACUGACCAGGGAGCCACUCAAAUUGCACAAAGCAGCAAGUCUCUCAGAUAUUUAGGGCUGAUGAGAUGUGAUAAGGUGAGUGAAGCAACGGUGGAACAGCUCGUGCAGCAAUACCCACACAUAACCUUCAGUACUGUACUGCAAGAUUGCAAGAGGACCUUGGAACGGGCUUAUCAAAUGGGCUGGACACCCAGUAUGUCUUCUGCUUCAUAACGACCUAUGUGAUAUCACAGUUCGACUAAAGCAUUCAGCAGGUGUAAUGGGGACUGCAGAUUUUGGUUGUACAAUGUUGCAGGAAUAUUUUAAACCUUUUCAUGUUUUUAAAUCUCAUUUUGCUUUCUGUGAAAUAUAUGUUCAAGAGUCCAUUGUUCUAAAAGAGAUUUUUAUUUUAUUUUUAAGUUUUAAAAUUAAUGUUUCUUAAAGCAAAGAACAUUUUAUGUCUGGUGGUGGCCCCUCCUGGAAAUUUUGGAACAGAAACUGGACUCUCUAAUUGUAGUUAGAUUCAUAUAACUGUUCUGACUGUUAAUUGUCAUCCUAAAAAUCUGCAAAUCCCUAAAGACAUUGAAGAGGGCUCACAACCUUUCAUGAUGCAAUAUAAUUGUGAGUUUACACAUGUUACAGUAAAACGGAGUUAACUAUACACUGACUUUGAUGUACUGUAUAACUACGUACGAAUGUUGAGAACAAAUCUUAAGAAAUGCAUUGUAUCCUUUUUGUACACAUAAACACAAUGUAAAAGCCUUUGGCAGAUUUCCUGAAGUGGAUUCCUACUAGUUCUGUGGAUGGCUUGAGUUAUAUAAGAUAUUGAGCCUGUUUUCUUUUGUUCUCUUCCCUUUGCCUCAGUCGUGUGUUUCCUUUGGUUUGUAAGUGAUAACUCAGUGCUAGUACCGGUGUAACUGAUCAGUAUAGGCCUCUGCUGAAACUGGGAGCUAAUCUUAAUCCAUAUUAUUACCUAGACUGACGUCACCCAUGUGUUUUAGGAUGCACAGUAAUAUAAGAAUCCACAAAUAAUUGUGAUUUUCUUCUAAACAUUUUGCUAAUUACAAAAAUCAUUAUUUUGAAAUUCAUUUUUGAAUGGAAAUCUUAAUAAAUGAUGGUAACUUUUGAAUGAUUAUUCAAGUAGACAAUCUUUCUUGUUUUAUGUUGUAGACCUGCAGAAGUGAUUUUUCCUUAAAUAGUCAUGUAGAAGAUGUUGUAUAGAUUUCUCAAUUUUUGCACCUUGCCAUUUUUGUAAUAAGUGAGCUAACAGCGCUUUAAUUUACCACAGAUAACCAAAUGCUGCAUACAAGACACCUGCUGUGGGAAAUCAGUUAUAAGGCCAUGUUUAUAUAGCUUAAAAUAAUGGUGUUGUUUUUUCUUUUCUUUUUUUAAUUAAACUUUCUGAAUGAACCUGUUUCCUUUCACAAUACUGUCAUGUUACUGAAUUCUGAAAUUUCAAGUAAAAAGGAAAGUUUAAUAAAUAAAAGCCACAAUGCUGAUUUUCUCCAAUGUAGUGUUUAGUUGCUAAUGUGGAUCCCACUCCUGCAAAGCAAGAGCACGGGCAUAGCUGACCUCAGUGGGACUCCAUGUGGGCGGAAGGGUCCAGCCACGUGCAUCACUUUGCAAGAUUCUUACUCUAGAAGAGAAUAAUUGCUCUGGAUGCUCUUCUGGCAUCCUCUAAAUCGUAUAUUUUAAGCAUUGUACUCUAUGCUUUUCAUAUUUGUUCUCCAGCUACUGAAGACUACUUUGGUUGGCAAUUGUGUAUCUCUUUUUUAAUCCAAAACUGAUUUAUAAGAUAAUAUAUGCAGAAAAUAGCAGAAGUGAAUACAUAAAAAGUUUAAUUUUCUAUGUGUGUUGCAAGAGUUAAACUUGACAAGUGUUGAUAAGCAGACAUUGAAAAUACAGAUAUUGCAGCUUUGGUUUAAAGUUGCAUUAACUUUUAGAAUGUUGCAAUUUGGUUAAAGGAUGAUUUUUUAAGAUGUAUAACUCUGUGUAUUUGCUUUUUAAAGGUUAUACUCUUUUAAUCCAAAAUAUUAGAUGCUCAAGUUUCAGCUGAUGAGUUGCCAUUAUUGUCAAAGUAUUUUGCUAAUCCAGAUGAAUUGAUGCAGCAUAACCUGGAGAACAGUUUUAGUAUGUUUGUGCAAUUCUGCCAAAACUGUAUUCCAGUCCCACAACAUCUUGACAACUACAGAAAGCAUCAACUCAAAGUCCAGUGACAGUUGUUAAAUGUUUUCUUAUUGGACACUUCAAAAUGGAGCUGAAAACAUCUUAUCUGGAAAAAAUAUAAAGUAGAGUUUUGCUUGGAAUGUUAUAAAAACAUGUGAACAAAUAUUAUGCUGGGCUUUUUAUCUACUUCAAAAUGGCAACAUAUUUUCAGAAUAAAGACAGUGAAUAAUAUUGCA